CUUCGCAAGACCCUGUCUCUGAAAGCAGGGCUGGGUGUGUAGCUCAGUAAGAGACCCUCGGGAGUAGAACACUAGCGUGCUGGGGGCCCUGAGCUGCACCCCAGCACCCCACGGGGUGGGAGGACUGUGCCGUCUGUCCUCCCCAUUGUUUCCUUGAAGAAACUGCAGCCCAGAGAGGGCGGGUCCUAUACUCAAGGCUGCACAGCAGCUCUGCCAGGGCCUGAAACCUGUUGUGUGAGUUUCAUUGCUGCCCUACGGAAUCCCCACGAAUCAGGUGACCUGGAACAAUAGAAGUGCAAUGUGGCCUUUCUGGGCUGCAGGUUCGGGACCAGGGCCUGCUCCCUCCCAAGCAGGCAGGACAACCCUUGCUCCCACAGGCUCCGGGAGUCUGCUGGGGCGCUGAUUUCCCCAGGCUCUGCUGGUGGCCUGCUGGCCAAAGGAAGGCACCCAUCACUGGACUAGCACCACCUGAGGAUCUCGUGUGAAACUCCUGCCUUAACUCCACCUGCAGAGCCCCUGUCUCUAAACGGGGUCACAGCCUCGGGCGCCAGCACUCGACGGGGGACCUGCGUGUUGGGCGGCCUCGUGCGGUCCCACCACACCCGGUCCCUGAAGAUGCUGGAUUCCUCGUGUUUCACUCCAGAAUCUGCCUCUCACUCAGGCGGCACGCUCCCAGAUCUGCCCGAGCAGUUCGCGCCCCCUGACGUGGCGCCCCCCAUCCUGGCGAGGCUGGUGGAGGCCAUAGAGCAGACGGGUGAGCCCAGCCGGGGUGACCGAUGGCGGCUCCCUGUGCCCGGAGGAGGCCGUUUGAGUAGCGGGCACGGAAGGGGUGGCCGGCUCCAGCCUGACACCCGCCUGCGCCCCGGUGCUGCGCGGCCUCGUCGUUUUCUGGCGUUCGUGCGGCUCCCACUGCGCACGCGUGCUCGAGGUUUGUCUCCGCCCCUUGCCCACACGCACGCAUGCGCACUAGCCCUGUCCAGCGGUCGCCUCUCUCCCUCUAGGAUCGAGCCCAGCCUGGACUUCCCGGUACUGCUGGUGGAGAAGCUGCUACAGGAACAUCUGGAGGAGCAGCAGGCCGCGCCCCCAGCCCUGCCGCCCAAGCCCUCCAAGGCGAAGCCGGCAGCCCCGGGUCUGGCCAACGGCGGCAGCCCGCCCUCCCUGCAGGACGCAGAGUGGUACUGGGGUGACAUCUCCAGGGAGGAAGUGAACGAGAAGCUCCGUGACACGCCCGACGGCACUUUCCUGGUCCGCGACGCGUCCAGCAAGAUCCAGGGGGAGUACACGCUCACCCUCAGGAAGGGCGGCAACAACAAGCUGAUCAAGGUCUUCCACCGCGACGGCCACUACGGCUUCUCUGAGCCGCUCACCUUCCGCUCGGUGGUGGACCUCAUCACGCACUACCGGCAUGAGUCGCUGGCUCAAUACAACGCCAAGCUGGACACGCGGCUGCUCUACCCCGUGUCGCGGCUGCAGCAGGACCAGGUGGUCAAGGAGGACAGCGUGGAGGCCGUGGGCGCCCAGCUCAAGGUCUACCACCAGCAGUACCAGGACAAGAGCCGCGAGUACGACCAGCUCUACGAGGAGUACACGCGCACCUCACAGGAGCUGCAGAUGAAGCGCACAGCCAUCGAGGCCUUCAACGAGACCAUCAAGAUCUUCGAAGAGCAGGGCCAGACCCAGGAAAGGUACAGCAAGGAGUACCUGGAGCGCUUCCGGCGCGAGGGCAAUGAGAAGGAGAUGCAGAGGAUCCUGCUCAACUCAGAGCGGCUCAAGUCCCGCAUUGCCGAGAUCCACGAGAGCCGCACGAAGCUGGAGCAGGACCUGCGGGCCCAGGCCUCGGACAACCGAGAGAUAGACAAGCGCAUGAACAGCCUCAAGCCGGACCUCCUGCAGCUGCGAAAGAUCCGUGAUCAGUACCUCGUGUGGCUCACCCAGAAGGGGGCCCGGCAGAAGAAGAUCAACGAGUGGUUGGGGAUCAAGAAUGAGACUGAGGACCAGUACUCACUGAUGGAGGACGAGGAAGACCUCCCUCAUCACGAGGAACGCACGUGGUACGUGGGCAAGAUCAAUCGCACGCAGGCCGAGGGCAUGCUGAGCGGCAAGAGGGACGGCACAUUCCUCAUCCGGGAGAGCAGCCAGCGCGGCUGCUACGCCUGCUCCGUGGUGGUGGACGGUGACACCAAGCACUGCGUCAUCUACCGCACAGCCACCGGCUUCGGCUUCGCGGAGCCCUACAACCUGUACGGGUCCCUGAAGGAGCUGGUGCUGCACUACCAGCACGCGUCCCUGGUGCAGCACAACGACGCCCUCACCCUGCGGACCUUCUGUCCCUUGCGCUUGCGGUGCAGUCACCUAUGGGCCAGCACGUCCAGGCCGCUCACAGCUGCCGAGUGA